CAGUUUUCACUCAUUUUCCUGCGGGGUUUCCGCUUGUGACAAAUGCAUUCAAAGAACCAAAUAGAAAACCCUGGGGGCGUGGCACCCCUGUACAAUUAUAUUAGACCAAAAUGUGCUUACACUCAAAAUUCUAGAGAAUGUUACAAACCAUUGAACUCAUUCGCAUUAACAUUAAAAUUCAUGCGAACUCAGUGCUAAAGGAAAUUGGGAGCAAGGAUACAUAAAGUUGGGGAAAUUCCAAAAUGUAACUGUUUAAAAUAUGAUUAAUUGCGAAAGUACAAAAUCAAGAAGCCGUACAGAUUUGUUGUUAAGAAUCCGUGCCUAAUAUAAGUAUAUUGCUAGAACAAUGGGUGAAUUUGCGGAGAGUAUAGAAAGAAUUGCCCUCGAGCUGCUGAGCAACUUGGUCCAAGGCAAUGCCACUCUACGUGUUCCCCGAAAUUCAGCCGGAAACAUGAUCACGGAAUAUCGACGGGUCAGCUAUAAUAAUCACGGAAGUCGCCAUAGCUUUUGUUUGCUGAUUUACAUGCUCUCCCGGGUGCACCGAUUGCAAGUUCACGGAGGAAGCUUCACCGUCCGUGGACUAUACUAUGACAAUCCUCUGCUCAUCCGGUCGCAGUCCAGGAUUGCCGAAGCCAGGCUGGAUGUCUGUCGUAUGCUGAACACAUCCCCGCUAAGCUUGGGCAUACUGGCCGCCUCCAAGGGCCUGGUGGCAGGCGACCUAAGGCUGCUAAUGACCAACGGAGAUGUUCUGGACAGUAGCUUGUAUGGUGGACCUAUGACAUUGCCCACGGAUCCCGAGAAGAUAGAUCGAAUCGAAACGCAGGCGGAAUUUGUACUGAUCGUUGAAAAGGAGUCGGUGUUUGAGAGUCUCUUAUCUAGAAAUGUUUUUGGCACUUUUAAACGCCGCUUCAUCCUGAUAACUGGAAAAGGAUACCCCGAUUGCUGUACGCGAAGGAUUGUCAAUCGACUCACCGUGGAGAACCAAUUGGCGGCCUACAUUCUCGUGGAUGCCGAUCCCUUUGGCGUCGAGAUAAUGCUUGUCUAUCGCCAUGGCUCGCAGUCGAUGAGUUUUUCCAUCCAAGGACUAACCACACCUGCGCUGCGUUGGAUUGGGCUACACCCCUCGGAGAUUCCCGCACUCGGCACUGGAGCGGUUGCCCUGGUUGCCGGCGACAACAAGAAAAUCAAUGACCUCCUCGCCCGCAACGAUUUGGAGCCGGGAGUGCGGCAGGAACUGCGCAUGCUGCAGGACGUUCAGUUAAAGGCCGAAAUCGAGAGUGUCGUCGACUUCCUGACCGACGACUAUAUACCGAAUAAAAUCAAUCGGAACUUGUUUUUGUAGUGCUCAGUG